AGUUUUACACGUUAAAUUCUAGUACGUGCAUAAACCCCUUCUUCUGUUAUCCCACCGCGCCCUUCUCCUUUUCGCACCCCUCUAAUCGAUCUUCCUUUCAUUCUCGUCUCUCUCUAUCACAAACCUUUCCCUUCUAAACCUGCAACACAUCAAUGACAUGAAUCCAUUAUCAACCUUCAGAUACAGAAUCUUCCAAGCAACCACCACAAUCUCAUCAUUCUCACCUUUUUUCCUCUUCAACCAAAAACGAUGGAAAAAACCCACCAUUUCAGCACAAACCCGUUUAGAAGACCGAAUAAGAGACACCCACUUUGACAAAUUAACAACCCACUUCAAAAAACUCAGCCUUGUUCUCAAAACCCGCAACCUCAUAUCAAAUCGAAAACGUGGUUCUUUUGUCUCUCUUCAACUCAUGUCACGCUGGAAAAACAUUACAGGACUUAAUGUCACUGUUACUUCCUUUCUUCAAAAAUACCCUCAUGUUUUUUAUCUGUUUGUUCAUCCUUUUAGGAGAAACAUGUGCUGUAGAAUGACGAAAAAGAUGAAAGAGUUGAUCUUGUUGGAAGAGGUUGUUGUGAGACAACAUGAGGUUGAGGUUGUUAAAAGGGUGAAGAAGUUGCUUAUGAUGUCUGUGAAUGGUACUCUUCAUUUGCAUGCUUUGAGGUUAAUUAGAAGAGAAUUGGGUCUUCCUUGUGAUUUUAGAGAAUCCAUUCUUGGGAGAUAUAGUGAUGAGUUUAGGUUGGUUGAUUUGGAGAUUGUGGCAUUGGUUGGUUGGGACGAUGAAUUGGGAAUGGCGCGUGUUGAGGAAUGGAGGGAAAGAGAGUAUAGAGAGAAAUGGUUGAGUGAAUUUGAGACCAAGUUUGCUUUUCCUAUUAAUUUUCCAACCGGGUUUAAGAUUGAGAGAGGGUUUAGGGAAAAGUUGAAGGGUUGGCAAAGGCUAUCAUAUACGAAGCCUUAUGAGAGAAAAAAUGUUAAGUGCGGUGGGGUUCAGAGGUAUGAGAAGAGGGCUGUUGCUGUUCUUCAUGAGCUGUUGAGCUUGACUGUGGAGAAAAUGGUUGAGGUUGAUCAAUUGGCUCAUUUUCGAAGGGAUUUUGAUAUCGAAGUUAAUGUGCGCGAGCUACUGUUAAGGCAUCCGGGGAUAUUUUACAUAUCUACAAAGGGAAAUGCUCAAACUGUUUUUCUUAGGGAGGCCUAUGAGAAAGGCGGGUUGAUUGAGCCUAAUCCGGUGUAUGAAGUUCGUAGGAAUAUGUUGGAGCUUGUGUUAUUAGGACGCAGAAAAACCAAACAAUUGUUAGCUUCUUGUGAUGAAUCCAAGGAAGAGAGCAAUGCUGUAGUCUAUGAAGUGGAUGGGGAAAUUAAAAGAGAAGGUGAUUGGGUGAUUCCAUUCUUGGAGGCUAAUGAGAAGAAUUGAUCCUCGUGAUAUUGUGAAGGUAGCAGAAAAAACAUAUUUGGAGAGUUUGCUAAUUGGUGUUUCAGUUAACAUAACGAGUACUCAGCAGCUGGUUCCCAUCUCUAUAAAAUGCAUGCUCAGGGGAAAUAGUCAAGUGAGAAUACAAGCAGAUAUUGAAGGCCUUAGAGCAUGCAAAUAAUUGUGAACGGGACUUUGUAGAUAUGGAACCCAAAGUACAUAGAUGUCGACACAUACAUUUUUUCGUUGCCUGGUUUGAUGUACUUGGUGUAUGCUUAGAUGAAGAGGUUGUUGUUGUCUUGAUGCUUUAAUCUGUUGCAAGGAACUUCUGCUUUUCUAGAGCGCGCCAUGGUGCUGACUUAUACAGAGGCAUUGUAAAUGCCCAUUCUGGAAGCUCUGAUCAAUGUUAUCAAUGAGUGAAGGAGACAGUAUGUUGUUGUAUUUGUUGGAGUUGGAAAAUGUGCUAAUCUAGCUAAGGUUACUUACUGAAUUUGCUAACACAACCUUUAAAUCGUGAUAGGCUGAUAGCUGCUGGUGGGGCAUUUUAGUCAGGAGUUAUUAAGCAAUUGCAGACACAUUCAUGUAGUCUUCCGUUGGUUAUAUUAGAGAAGGGCUGUGUGAGAGAUCCUUCUGUGGUGACUGGAGACAAAUGAAGUCCUGAUACUUUGCAUUAAGAAUGCUUAUACUGCAGUGCCGAUAGGGGGCAGUUUGAAAAAGAAAAUGAAAAUGGCAUUAGUAUUGUAUCUGCUCUUCAGUUAGAGAUCUCUCUAAUGUAAGACCAUUACAUUGUGGUGUUGUGGUGCUGGGAAUUGCAAAAGAUACAACAUUUGAUACUUUUAGCGCUUCAAAUGUGCUUGUUCUUUUCUUAGCUCGAGUUGUGAUAGAUGACGCAUUAGUUCCUCUGCAUGUAGAAAAAAGUAACGGCGACCUGCCACUCAAAUGGAGUAGAGUUGAAAUUGUGAGGAAGGUUCAAAUGUUUUAAAUGGUUCACAACAAUGGGAUCUUAGGGGCAAAAGCUUGAUUUUCAACUACUACUGGACAGGGGGAGUUCUUGGGAGAUUUCGUGGUUGGACACUAGAGGUUUUAAACCUUUUGGGGUUUUUAUUGCAAUGGUGUUCUGACUUGGUCCUUGUUGCUUCCCUACUGUUUGUUGUAGCAGCGGUUGUUUUAAUGAAAUUUACCUUCAAAAUUUUGUGGGUGGAAUGUCAAGGCUACUCCAAUAUCUAUUCUAGGAAUGAUAAAAUGUACUCAAGUCAGUUUCCUUAUCAGCCUUAGGAACAGGGCUGUUUUCUAGCGGCAGGUAGUGUUAGGAUACUGGAUUUGCGCCUUAACUUAACAGAUGGGCCGAGGUUCCCAGUUAGUUAGAAUAGGAAACAUGGUUAAAGGCAGGGGGAAGGGCAAUCAGUAUGGGAUUAUUGCAUAUUUUCUGUUAGAACCUUAGAGGUUGGGCAGAGAGAGAACAAUAUCUAUCUGAGGAGCAUUAACUCAGGGAUUAUAGGAAAAUUUGCUUCUCAUUGUGAAGAAGUUAGAGCCUACGAACACUCUAACAUCAUAUGUUUGGUGGGUUUUUGAGUUUAAUUGGAUUGUUGUCGAGUGGCCAAGCGCUUCUGGAAGAUCCCCUCGUCUCUACUGUUUUGAGCAAUCACUGUCAAAGUUCCUGAAAAAACUUUAAUGUAACACGGGCAAGGAUCGAUGUUGCGGAAGAGCAAAACUUUUGAAUCGGCUUAGGCUGUGAUUGGGUGAGAAUUGGGAUGAGUGCAACUAACUAUAUUAUGAUAGGAACAAGGCGUUGGGUCAACUUGGUCUUUGCAAAGUAGUUUAGCACAAAUUGCACAAAUGAAAUUGUUAAGAGGAUGAAAAGUUUAGCACAAAUUGCACAAAUGAAAUUGUUAGGAGGAUGAAAGAAAAAUGUAUUCAAAUAUGUUGUUGCACAAGUUUUAAGUUUUUUUCUUCUUCUUGAUCAUCAUUUUAAGAUAACCUUCUUACCAA